AUGCUGAACGGUGAUUCAUACGUGCGAGCAGGUGAUAAUGUGACAUUGGCAUGCGUAGCAGUGGGUGGUAAUCCACCACCCGAUGUCUCAUGGUAUCUCAAAGAUCGUCUCCUGAGUUCGCGAUAUCACUACGAUCUCCAGUCACAGGAGACCAAAAACACGUACUCGUUUCUCGCUGAACCUGAGGAUAACCUGGCCAACUAUGAAUGUCGUGCAUCGAACAGAGCUGGUGAAGAUCCACAAAAGCGUUCUAUUCAUGUCAAAGUAGCAUAUGCGCCACAAGGAGUGGAAGUGUUGGGUGAAAGCAAUAUACGACAAGGAACUUCCACCGUGGUACAAUGUAGAACAAAACCAUCGAAUCCUGUGUCACGGAUUUCAUGGCUUGUCAAUGGUCAUCCGAUACCGGCCACUAUGCAAAGUGAACAUCGACAGUCCUAUGGAACGAUGUCGAUUUCGAAUAUAACUAUAGAUACCAAUGAGAUUGUUACUGGUAAACAUCGAUUGACCGUUGAAUGUAAUGCUAGAAAUGACGAAGGAACCACAUCUAAGCAGCAUGUGAUCAAGAUUCUUGCUCCCCCAUUGCCUCCACGAAUUACGGGUCUUGAGGAAGGCAUACAUUUGGAAGGACUUGUGCUCAAUGUGAGCUGUGAAGCUCAUGGUGGAAAUCCACUUGCUGAUAUCUCUUGGUAUAGAGGAUACGAUAAGGUAUGA